ACCGGUAUUUUGUCGAUUUUAAGGAACACGUUGUGCUUGGUUGUGUGUAUGUUUUACACACGGUGUCUCUCUUUGGGGGACCCUUUGUUCCGUAUUCCGCAUAUUGAGCAUUUUCAUUGAUCGUUAAUUGUCAGAAAUAAAAACACACAUGCGUUCUAUUGAGCCUCUUAUGCCAUUGCGGGGUAUUUUCUACUCUGUUUAAUAGCGCUAUAUCAAAAGCAGCAACCUGGCUGGCUCACACAAAUGCACCGUAGCUUUUCUAAAAGUCGGGCUUUCAUCCAAUAGCUGAGAAGAGGGCAGUGAAGGCGGUCAUCAAGACGCUCUGACGUCGUCAAACUGUGCAGACGUAGGGCCGGUGAACUCCUCUGCCACAUCACAAACUUUACAGUUAAGGUAAAAGCUUCAAGGGACAGUUACCUUUGGUGGGCCUGUAAUGGUCAAUGUAGUAGGCAAUUUCGAUUAUUUAGGCAACGUAAGGCACUGUCACCUAAAGGGAUGCCAAUCGUCUCCCAUGCUUCCUCUGUCAGAUCAUGUUAUAUCUGUGUUCAGUGAUAAGCCGUCGCAGACCACUCCUGCUUUGCCAAUAGCUUAAUAUUGCUGGCGCGUCAUACACCUGCAGCGUCAGUUACAAGGGGGGUUUUAAAAGUUGUCUGGCAUUUAAGAACUUGAUGUUCCUCUCAGUCUCUCUUCUGCUACACGUGGUAGGCAAACUGUUAUAGCUGGUUUCCUGUGAAAGGAAGGACCACAUCAUAUAGCCCCCAUCUCUCUCCCUCUCUCACACAGCCAUGGUGAAGGCCCAGGCCCAGAAGCAGGGGGUGGUGCUCCCUCCUGAGGGAGGUUGGGGCUGGGUGGUGGUAGGGGCGCUGUUUGUGGUGUCGACGCUGGUGUUCGGCCUCAUCCGCAGCCUGGGCGUGUUUUUCGUGGAGUUUGUGCAAUACUUCGACGAGAGCGCCCAGGCCGUGUCCUGGAUCACCUCCAUCGGGCUGGCCAUGCAGCAGCUGUUUAGUCCUCUUGCCACAGCUCUCUGUAACAUGUAUGGAACACGUCCUGUAGUGAUGGUUGGUGGGUUCUUGUCAGGACUGGGCCUCAUACUAGCCUCUCUAGCCACCUCACUCACACACCUGUACCUCACCAUGGGCCUCAUCUCAGGUACGGGCUGGGCCUUCGUCUUCACCCCCACCGUGGGGUCAGUGAUGCAGUACUUCACGCGGCGGCGCUCGCUGGCCAUGGCGCUGGGCUUCACGGGCGUGGGCCUCUCCUCCUUCGCCUUCUCGCCGCUCUUCCAGUAUCUGGUGGAGGUGUACGCCUGGCGGGGGGCCCUGCUCAUCCUCGGGGGUCUUAGCCUCAACAUGGUGGCCUGCGGGGCCCUCAUACGGCCCAUCACUGCCGCCAAGGCACUGGACAAGACUGAAAAGGACUCGUCCUGCUCCUCGCUGCUCUCCCGAGUGUCCAUGUACUUCGAGCUUCCUCUGCUUCGGCAGCGGCCCUUCCUCACCUUUGGCCUGGCCAUCACCUUCUUCAACGCCGGCUACUUCAUCCCCUACGUGCACCUAGUGGCGCACAGCCGCCACUGCGGCUUCUCAGAGUACCAGGCGGCCUUCGUCAUCUCCGCGACCGGCGUGACGGACAUCGUGGGCCGCGUGCUCUCGGGCUGGGUGUCGGACCUGGGCCGCCUGCGGCUGGUGCAUAUGCUGUGCGUGUGGACGAUGCUGCUUGGCUUGUUCCUGGUGGCGCUGCCGCUGGGCACUCUGGCCGGCUACGCGGGGCUGCUGACGGUGAGCCUGGCGCAGGGGCUGUGCUCCGGUGCCAUGACGCCGCUGGUGUUCGCCGUGGUGCCCGAGAUCGUGGGCAUGGAACGCAUGCUGGGGGCACUGGGUCUGCUGCAGCUCAUCGAGAGCAUCGGGGGGCUGCUCGGCGCCCCUCUGUCAGGCUGGCUGAAGGACACAACCGGUUCCUACUCGGCCUCCUUCGUGGUGGCUGGGGGCUUCCUUCUCCUGGGCUCCGCCGUGACAGCCACCCUCCCCGGCUUCUGCUCCUGCACCUCCCCAAAGACCCCCAGCGACGCAGAGGGGGCUCUUCAUUCAAAGGAAUUCAACCAGGAUUCCUGUCCUGGCAAGCAGAGCCUCACAUUCACCCCCCUCUCUGAAAAACCCGCCCUGGACCCAGAACCCUGUACCGAGACUACUAAUCUUACCCCUGACCCGUAAGCCAGACGAGUAGGUCAUGCUAACCGCGGGCUGAUGGGACGGAGACCGAUUUGAAGAUCGCCUGACUGGAUAACCAGAGACAAGGGCAGCUUGCCCUAGCAUGUUCUCUCGUACUAGAGAAGGUUUCAGACAAAAGGCCAGAAGCUGGCCUCUCUUUAUAUGUGCACUUGAAAGGGGAUUUAAUAGGAGUGUCUCUUUCUCUGUCACUGUCAACUAUAGCUGAUAUUUAACAUCCUGGCCAGCACUGUACUUGUUACAGCCAUAGGUGCCAUAGGUUACAUCACUGCCAUACACCACUGACAGGGGCAUCUACAACAACAUGUGAAGUCUCUUUUUUUAAAGACAACCAAUUCAAGACAGACAUGUGAGCCUCUAUUUCUGUAUAUCCGUAGGUAGGAAGAUGCUAAUCUAAGUGGUUUUUUUUUAAUUUUUUUUUGUUUUUUUUCUCACAAUGACACAUAAUCACUGCAACAUUCUUUGGACACCUGCCAAAUUCGAUUCCAUUUCCUUCAUACGGGGCUCUACAACUUACAUGUCAAUAUUUCAAGAACCGUUUAACAUAAAAAUGUGACAUUUGGAACACUUGGCCUUAUUUGCUUACAUUACUUGAAGUGCCAUUUGGCUGGCUCCCAAAAUGGCCAUUAAACAGCCAAUCAAAAUUCAGCAACCAAUAUUUGUCAGUGUGACUGGCCAAUCUUCAUGAAACUGUGUAGGCUAAUUCAUAAUGGCGCACGGAAGCUAUGUACCAAAUAUGAAACAAGUCAGCCACAAGGGGAUGCUCUAAUAACCACAUUUACGUUUUUGGCUCAUGGCUCGGGUUUUGCAUGGGUUGCUACAAAACUUAUAUUUUUCACCCAUUACUUAUAGGCUCCCAAAUCAAAUGGGCUCACUCCCGCCAAUUCCCACCCCAAAUUUUCCAGCCAUUUCAAUUUCAUGUAAAGGGCGGGAGAAUGAUCGUCACAAAAUUUGGUGAACACCAUCUCCAGGCCAUCCUGACAGAAAGUUGUUCAGGAAAUUUGAUUGGUCAAACCAUUUCCAAGUUAUGUGUCAAUCAAUUUUGAAGGCAUGACUGGUCAAUAUCUUGCGAUGUCACCCUGCAUCACUACCAAUUAUUCUGAACGCACGGCAAAUUUUGUGAAAUUUCGUGCGCUCCAGCUGACAUUUCAAAAUCUCCAAAAACUGCUAAAGCUAAAAAAUGUAAAUGAGGUAUCCUUAUACUUGGCCACUCGAUAAAAAAAACGCCAACUGUCAAUAAAAGCCUGGGCUAAUCUUAAUGAAAGUUUGUAUGCCCAUUCAUAAUGGCAUAGAGAAGCUAUUUCAAACAAAUCAGCCAGAUGAUGUAAGCUACAACAUAUUUUCCUCUGUUCCUUUAUGUGGUCCUCUUUCACCUGUUGAAGUGAUCAAAUCAUUCAACCUUUUGCCACUUGACGCGCUUCACAAUUGGACCCCAAUGAUCGCCUCUUGCUACUUAAAUUGAAGUAGUUAACGCGUUAAAGCAUUAAAAAACGUAUGCAAUUAAUGCAGCUGCAUGGGUUUUGUUAUUAGUUUGUGCAUGUUUAGGCUAAUGGUUGGUUAAAAUAUUUCUGGGCAUCCAACGUAUACCUGACACGGAGCUUUGCUGAAUUCACAAGCUUGCAAGUUUAUUGAGCACUUCAGUUUACAACUAAUCUGCGCACCAAGUUCGAUAUGUCUAAAGCUGACAGUGACUUUUUUUGAAUGGCCUUGUAAUAGUUUUAUUUAAUCUGUAGUUCACAGGAGAGAAUCUCUGUUCAAAUUUUAAAAGAUGUUAUUAAACAAUAGUAUUUUAAUUUUAAAUAUACAGUACCAGUCAAAAGUUUGGACA